AUGUUGAGGAGUUUGUUGGUCACACUGUUCCUGGGUUUGAUGGUCACGAUGACCUUCGGAAAGUCAAGUAAGAUUGCGUUUUACGAAUAUAGUGUAGCAUUUUAAUUUUUAUGAAUAUAGGGUAGCAGUUUAAUUUUUACGAAUAUAGUGCAGCUUUUGAUCUUUAUUUGUUAAAACCAGAAGGAAUUGUAUUUUUAGGUUGUUCAAAUAAUUCUGUGCUCCUCUCAAAGAAAAUUUUUGGUGUUAGAGGGCACAGAAUUAUUUGAACAAUAUUAUAGUUUUUGGAGGGUUAAAAGUCUUGUCGUAGACUUACAUGGUGUUGAGGUAAAUAGACGACAAGAUUUUUACUAUUCUUUUAUAUAGUAUUAUAUUUGUAUGAUAUUGUACCGGGCCAGGCGGGAAAAAAAUAAAAAAAUUUUAAAAAAUUCUUUUUUUGCCCUAUCCUGUUACUGUAAAUACUUUUUUAAGCUCUAGCUGACGUUUACUAUAGUAUUUCACAAGUAUAAUACUGUUUUUAAGUUCAUUCCUUUGACAUUCCAAAGUCGGAGAUCGAUGGCGAAGACAAGAUGCUGCUUCCCAAGGAAAUGGUAGGUUUAGUCAUCGUUUUUGGGCUGUUCUGAAAAUAUUUUUAGAUUUUUAAAAAUAAAUUUUGAAUAUUAAAAAUUAAUACAGUGAAACCUCUUUAUUAUGACAAAAAAAAAGUUUUGUCGUUUUUUAACGUACAAAACCAUGUAAAUUGACGAUAAGACUUUUACCAUCAUAAUAUUGAAGUAGAAGCCCCUUCUUUUUCAAUUCUAAAACUACAAAAACUAUUUUCUUACAAAAACUUUUUAUAAAACAAACAAUGACACUCUUUCUUUGACAAAAAUUGACAAAUCAUAUUUGAAGGCAAACGAAAGACGGCAGGAGAUCCGAGUCAACCUCAACAUUCGACGUCUCGAAACGUAAGCUACCUUUACUUUACUUUUUCACUCGAUUACUUUACAGUCCUCGCCCUCAGGUGGUAAGAGAUGUCGACGAGAAUUCGGAUGAUCCAUUUGACGUCAAAAACUGA